CACACACAAAGAAGACGCAAGAGGAGAGGCACAAGUAGGAAGUAACUGAUCUGAUUUGUUUCUAUUUAGUUUUCGCCCACCGCUUGUACUUUUUUGAAAUUGUUGUUGGAAAUAACUGGUAAAUUAUACUUUAUCGGGUAAUUACGCAAGCUACAGAGUGACAUAGUGUCGCCAGAAAUAUGUGAGUGGCUUAUUAGGUUGUGGUCAAAGUAGACAGAGGCUAAGCUAGCUACCGAUCACUCCCCAUUUUUUCCCAACAAGCGUUAGAAAACACGCUUUUCUAUCACUUGAAGAUCUCAGACAACCACAAUGAACCUGGAAAGACUGCCAAACGAGGAGAAACUUAACCUAUGCAGAAAGUAUUAUUUAGGUGGAUUUGCCUUACUGCCGUUCCUGUGGCUUGUCAACGUGGUUUGGUUUUUCAAAGAAGCUUUUUUAAAGCCAGCCUACGCCGAACAGCUCCAGAUAAAAACAUAUGUGAAACGCUCUGCACUGGGGUUGCUGUUAUGGGUGGCAGUACUCACCACUUGGAUCACUAUCUACCAGCACUACAGAGCUGAGUGGGGCGAGGUGGGAGACUACAUCUCCUUUACAAUUCCACUGGGCAUUCCUUAAGCCCUUUUUUUAUUUUUCAUGAAUUUAAUACGUAUUUGGCCUCUGGCUCAAUAAUAUGUUCAAUCAAUAAUUCCUUAUGUAUGUAUGUGUAAAGGAUGACUGUUGUACUUUAGAGUGGGAAAAGUUUAAUGCUUUAGUCAGUGCGAGACCAACUGUUGACACACAACACCAUAACUUGCACCUUUGUCAAAAGUUUAAGUUCAUGUGUAUGGAGGUACAUUGUUUUUACCUUUGUUAUGAAUGACUGUUUAAAAAAACACUGUUAUUUCAAAUUCCAACUUGUUUUCCACUUGUGAUUAAAACAAUGACAGAUUUGUCAACAUGUGCUGUAGCAGUAAUGUGCUGUAUGAAUACUCAGUCAUUGUCUUUUCAUAGUUCAACAGUGAUGCACGAUCCGGACAUGCACAUAUUCUAAAGUGCAGCAGUGGUCCCCUAAAGUCUGGAGAAUUGCCGGCGCCUGUUGUGAAACCCAAUAACUUAAUCUCCCCCCCCCCCACUGUCGUAUCAUCCCGUAUGAGUCAUAACAUAAUCAGUGCCAUAUUUAGUCAGUCCAGUCAAAGCUUGGGUGACAGCUUCCACAUUACUUACAGGGAGAGCAUGUGCCUGCCGCAUAUGUGACUGCUGAGUUCACACCAUUGUGCAUAGAAAGGUUCAGAAUGUCACAGUACUAUUCAAGGAAGGGGGUACGCUCCUUAAAAUACAGUGGUCCUGGGUGAAGUAAAUACUCAUUUGAGAGAGUUUUCUAAGCAGAGUAAUUAGAGAGCUUGACUGACCCUUGUGUAAGCACAUUGAAAUGUUGUUUCUGUCCAGGUCAAUAUAGUUUAUGAAUACAUCUGAACGACAAAAUGGUGGAAAGAAAAGCCAAAGUUGAGGGGGAAAACGGCAAUAAUGAUUAAGUCUACACAUCAGUGGAGCACCAGUGAUGGUAAAGAGGAAAAUGAAAUGGAACUGAGUGACAUGAUCAAUAUGAGCAGUAUAAUAAAACAUUCAAAUUUCAUGCCGCUUAUUCUCACUAGGGUUGCGGCGGUAUGCUGGAGCCUAUCCCAGCUGACUUUGGGUGGGAUGUGGGGUACACACUGGACUAGUGGCCAGCCAAACGCAGGGCACAUAUAGACAACCAUUCACACACACAUUCAUACCUAUGGACACUGUAACUCACCAGUUAACCUAAUAUGCAUAUUUUUGGGAUGUGGGAGGAAGCCGGAGAUACCCAUGCACGCCUGGGGAGAACAUGCAAACUCCAAAUGGAGACGCAAACCUAGCUCUUCCAGAGCUCCUGACUGUGUGUCAAAUGUAAAUUGCAUAGACGUUUUUACCUAGCAGAUGCUAAUGUGAACCAAACAUGUUGGGAUCUCACACAUUAAACAUUACAUACAAAAAAAGCCGCAAAGAUGAAGAUGUGCUGUAGAUCUUAUGCUUCCUACCGAGUAUCACUCCUGUUG